AUGGCUGAUGUUUAUACUUCUUUCCCGUUCAAUUCUCCUCCCCAUAAACGGAAGAGAAGACCUGAUGAUCUGACUGAUUCAUUCUGCGCCCACGAUGCCAAACGGAGAUCGACGCACUGUUUGCCAAUCCGUUCGUCUCCCUCACGUCCACAAGUCUCGGUCCUACCACAGUAUUCACUCUUCACUUCCAUCUAUCAACAGCCUCCCACUCCGGUGGAUACUUCCGAUGAUGAGAGUCCCGGCCAGCCCAAGGACGAAGAUCACUGGCCCCACAAAGUGUCUUCCAUGAACGACUCUCAACCUGGCAGCGACUGUAGGAGCACGUCAUCACUCAGAGCGCGCCGCGAAGAUCCUAUUGAUGUGGACAUGGACAUGAGCACGAACUCGCCUCAACCAAGGAUUCGACGAGCAAGAUCUAAUGAUAUCGUUCCUCCUCAUCGCAAUUCCAACUUUCUCAGCGCCAUGGACAACUUCGCCCGGGAGAGAGUUCCCACCCCGAUCAGUAGUCACUUUGACAACCGGGUGAAUGAUCUCCCCAGUGUUCCGCGACAUCAGUUUCCUCCCCUGCGCACGAAUCUCAGUCCCAUGUUUGAACAGGAAUCCUGGGUCAAUCGGGACGGCCUACCAAGUCCCGUGGAUGACCAGGACAUGGACAGCAUGAUGAUGAUCGACCCAACCAACGACGACAUCAGCGGUUUAGGUGUGAACGGGGACGACUCGACUCAUGUUCGGUCGACAGGGCCAUAUGGAUCUCGGGCAGAGGGAACUUCCAGCCCCGGACGUUCAAGAACCGCGAGACUUCAUAUGGGAUUUCUCAAUGACUGCGAAAAGUGCGCCCAAAAGGUUCCGGGGCAUUACAGCCAUAUCAUGUGGUCAUAA